CAUGAGCUUUUAGUAGUAUGUGUAGUUUGUUAUAAUUACAGUAAAAAUGUUCUGGACUUGUGUGCAUUUUGUAUGUGUGUGUGCCAUAGUCAGGACUCAAGUGAUACCGGGAAAGUCAAGGGUUAGCGAUGGUGAAUAUAAUAACGUGAACACCGAUGGAUCUUUCGACUUCGGGUAUGCGAACAAAGAUCGUGGUGCUAGUUACCACUUGGCCAGAGGUAACUCUAACGGUGUCGUGGGUGGUAGGUUCGGUGCCAGGGAGCCAGGAACUGAGGAGGUGAAGGAGACCGUUUACACUGCAGGACCCAGAGGGUUUCGUGCGAAAGGACCCAAUGUACAUCGUAAGAUCGACCUGGACCAAAGACCGCGGGGUCCAAUAGGAAAUAAAGAUGACCCGUACUUCGAUCCUAAUGAAGACCCGAGCUAUUCGUUCAAGUUUGACACAAGGACAUAUUCGAAGAAUGAAAAUGCUGACAGUAGGGGUGAUGUGAAAGGCCAGUACUCGUUCGUUGACGAUAUAGGUGAGCGUCACGAUGUCUCCUACAUCGCUGGUAAAGACACAGGCUUCCACGUAUCCUCGGCGCACCCUGACUCUCCAAAUCUCAUUGGCUCCCCCUUCCAUAGAGCACCCCUUGUGCGAGGUGAAAGCAAGGCAAGAGGAAGAUCAGCCGUUCAACGUGGUCUGGAUGGCUCCUACAGAUUUGUAUCAGCCGGUCCAGAUCAACGGAGAACGGAGAGUAGCGACUCACGAGGUAAUGUACGAGGAUCCUACUCAUUCCUGGAUGAUAAGGGCGUUCAAAGAACGGUCCACUACAUCGCUGGCCCCGGUAUUGGCUACCGGAUCGUAAAGAACAGCAACGACCCCUUCAUCCCACCGUACUUCCCAACCAUACCCAGCUCUUACGACCCAACGUUCAACGAUGUCGGUCCGGUGUCUGCCUCUGUAGCUCCAGCGUAUUCAGAUACAGGCGAUGACAUAUUUAAAGGUCCAGAUGGAACGGCUGCAUCAGGUCACGUGAAGCCACCCCCGUAUCCCUCAUCAGACGCAAACAGACCCGACCCAUCAUCCAACUCAGCGAGCUCCGAAGACUCUGACACCACCAGUUACGGUCUAUCUCCACCAUUACCCAUAGAUUCAGAGAAAACAGACGGGCCCUAUGACGAGGACGCUAGCUUUGGAAGUAAACCAACAAAAGGCCCAGGCAAACCGUGGCGACCUCCAAGCAAGCCCUUUAGGCCGACGAAGAAACCUUACGUGCCUCUAAAGCCCACUCAAGCAACAUUUGUAACAGACGACGAAGAUACCAAAUCUAAGCCUCAGUUCGCUGUUGGGUUUAAUAUAAAGCACAGCAAGCCCGGUACAACAAUUAUACGUAAUAUUGGCGAUGACUACCUCGGGAUAUCUCCCGGCGUGUCCGUGAGGGCUCAUGUUCAAAGCAUUGAUCUAUACCCUUUCGGUGCUAAGCCAAUGUCGCCGUCGGAAGCCUUAGAAAAAGACACCGUCUAACUAUUAUAUUAUUAUAUCGAACCAAAUAAUGUUAGUUUGCAAUGCCAAUAAGAAGUCUAAUUGUAUUUGAAUAUGUUGUAUAUACUUUAUUUUAUACUUAGAAUUACAUUAAAUUAUGAUUAAGUAUAAGCGAAACACGCAUAACCUUUUUUAAAAAUUUAUUUUGAACACUGUAAAUUUAACAAAAUGCAAAAUAGUAACUAUUACAAGGAGUUUUGUUACAAA